CUUUUCUUUUGUUGCUCAACCAUUCCAACACACCCUACCUCGACCGACCAACCGACAAGGAUUAUAAACUACAGCAAUGUCCUUCUUUAUGAACAGCGGCGCCAACCAGUCGGUUAACAUGCAGAACAUGGCCAUGGCCGAGCAGGAGCUUGAGAUGGUCUCCGACUUGUUCAACCGCAUUGUGUCAUCAUGCCACAAGAAGUGCAUCCCCACCACCUAUAUCGAAGGCGACUUGAACAAGGGCGAGGCCGUCUGCAUUGACCGCUGUGUUUCCAAGUUCUUUGAGGUCAACAAGUCCGUCGGCACCAAACUCCAGCAGAUGUCUGGAGCCGGUCUUCCCAUGUAAAAUAAUAUCAAGAGCCAACAAAAACACUGGUUUAUUACUUUAUUUUCUUUCUUGAAAAUAAAUAAUAAAAGAACAAGAACGAACGUAUACAUACAAAAUACA